CGAAAGUCAAUAUCGAAAAAUCUGACUCGUAAACGUCAACGCUCGGGCAGUUUUCGCCAGUCAUACCAACUCUCCUCAUUUAUGGGCAAUACUCGCUCAAACAAAACUGAUAGUGGUCUACGACGAAUGUCUUCACGAGCAAGCAAUUCGGGGGGAGAAGGCGGUGGGGCAGGUCCGGGUUCGAGUAUAGACGACGGAGUGACUGCAGGUUACGGUAGUCGAAAUUCUUCCAGUCUCCACCCAGAAACCGGUUCCGGGGCCUGGGGACGUCGGUCUGAAAGCUCUGAGGGUCUCGGCUUUGCUGAGAGUGAAACGGAUGUCGACUUCAGUAAACGUUCACCUCGUCGUGAUCGACGAAAAACAUCACUGAGUGGCAUGAGGGAGACUUCACGCUCGACAGCCACUCGAGGACAAAAUCAAUCGACGGUGGCUGAUUUCUACUCCACUAACAUGCCUUGGAUAUCCGCGGUCAUUGCAUUCGCAAAGAGAACUACUUUCAACUGCAAGCACCAGCCAAUGUGCGAGGCCAAUUGUUUUGAUCGUCAACAGCAACAAUUACGCUCAUUACUACAAGCCAUCCGUCAAGUUUACUCAGCCUCCACUGAGUCGAGUUUCAUACGCUCAGUGGAUGAGUUGCCGGAUGGUCGUCGUGCUCGUGCUACCAUGGGCGGAAUUAGCGAUAAUCGUGGUGGAAACGGAGUAGGUGGUGGAGGUGUUUCUUGUCAAUGUUCAUCUGAUUCGUUUGGAGGAGGAGGAGGAGGUGGGAAUGAGGAAGAAGAUUCUAGUUAUUCAGACGAUGUUAACGACUCCGAUCAAGACACAACUGGAAUCAGUGGGCUGGAAGAACCUCUAAGACUGGCUCUCAGCAGUACUCCACUUUUAAGAGGUACAGUUCUUGACGGUAUGGGGCCUCUUGGUUCUGGAUGUGGAGAUCCCGAAUUGGAAGCGUCCUCAUCCAUUCUCCAUCGAGUCUUUGGCGGAAGAGACCACCAGGAAAAGAGAAACACUCUUUUUGCUAGGAAUGCGAAAAGAAAGGCAUGUCUUUACUCUUAUGAACUUAAUGAACCAAAUUUUGGUGUUAGUAUAGUUGAGCCCACGGAAACUACUGCUUCAAGAGAUAAUGAUGCUAGCACUAAGCGCAUGUGGAUAAACGCCUGUAAGGCGAUUCACGAUGCUCAGUGUAGUAUCCCUUCAGUCAAGGAAUCAUCAGUAUUCUCCUCAGGCUGGCGUGAAGCUACAACUCCAAUAUUCGAUCGAUUUCGUCGAAAGGGAACUCCAAAACGUGGAUCUGGGGCGGGUACUCUUUCUUCAGCUGGUGGCUCUGAUGAUGGAGGUGGUAUCUGUGGUCCCGGUGGUCUGUCCAGCCUUAUGAACCUCUCCCUACUUGCUGGUGCAGGAACAGGACUAACCGCAGCCAAUUCAUCUCCUUCACUAGCUCGACUGUUGGAGGUUGUCAAAAGUGGACUGACAAAUGGAUCUAUACCAUUUGCGGAAGGUGAAGAUGCUCCAUCAGAAGAGGCUGAGCAUGGAAAGAUCAAGGUUCGUCCUCUUCCUCAUCAAACUGAUUCACCGGAAUUGAUCUAUCUGGACACUCAGGUUCAGUCUUUGCGCAGCAGUUUCUUCAACCUGCUCAAUAAGGGAGCGCUAUUGCUUUCUCCAGAACAAUUAGAGGAGGUCGUUCCUUUGGCCUGGGAGUUGCUUCUUGAACCCGAUCCUGAAUUGACAAGUAGUGCGGCUGCGUUGAUUCUGUUCGCUGCUGUAAAAUGCUCCUCCUUUAUUCAAAAGCUUCUCUAUACAGAACUUCAACACACCGACCUGAACAGUCGUCUCAAUGCCGUUCUGAGAUUUCGAGCACUCUGGGUAACACGCCAACAAGUCUGGUCUCGCCUUGAAGAUGGUGCGAGUCAGUUUUUAAAAGUUCCACCACCGCUCAUUGAGUACGUUCUUCCAUCUCCCACUCUGGGAAAUCCUUCUAUUCAAGUCCCUGAUCCCGCUUGGGAAACGCGUAAAGGCACCUCAGCUGAGGAAGUCCAACUCAAACAAAACGAAGCAACUGUAAGCUCACCAUUCCUCAUCUAUUUGCCUGAUCCAUCAUAA